GAAUGAUCCCCGAUGUUCACAAGAAGAUAAAAGCUUUUCAGAGAUGCUCCUAUUGAUUGGUACCUUACAACUGCUCUAAAGGCUAUGACACAACAUAGCGCUAUCUACCUUACACCUUUCUCACAUCGGUUGGCAGAGGAAAUUGACAAUCCUGAAUAUCAACGGUUAAGGUGCAGAGUGAACUACCACGCUUUGAGAUUCAAGCUACACAUCAUGAAGUUGAGUGAUUCGAUUGUUGACAAACUCCGAUCACACGGGCACUUCAUGUCCAUCCAUCUUCGUUUCGAAAUGGAUAUGUUGGCAUUCUUAGGGUGCUUUGACAUAUUCAACCCUGAGGAACAGAAGACACUUAAGAAGUACCGUAAAGAAAAUUUCGCAGAGAAAAGGCUUAUCUACAACGAGAGACGUGCUAUCGGGAAGUGUCCACUGACCCCUGAGGAGGUAGGUCUUAUAUUACGAGCAAUGAGAUUCGACAACUCCACAAGGAUAUACCUAGCAGCUGGCGAACUAUUCGGCGGGGAACGGUUCAUGAAACCGUUUCGAACCUUAUUCCCACGGCUUGACAACCAUAGCUCGGUGGACCCUUCUUCCGAGGAGCUGUCACCAAACUCACAAGGAUUAAUAGGAUCAGCUGUUGAUUACAUGGUUUGUCUCAUGUCCGACAUUUUCAUGCCAACGUACGAUGGGCCGAGCAACUUCGCCAACAAUCUCUUAGGCCAUCGCCUCUACUACGGUUUCCGUACCACAAUCAGACCGGACAGGAAAGGUUUAGCUCCGGUUUUCGUAGCUAGAGAGAAAAAGAAAACGGGUGGAUUCGAAGAAGCGGUGAGACGA